AUGGGCGCUGACAUGUCCAACAAUCCACCUCCCACUUCUCACGCCAAAGACUUCUUUGCCUCCCCAGCUCUCUCUCUCAGCCUUGCGGGAAUUUUUCGCCAUGCUGGUGUGGCGGCGGACGCUGAAGCUGCCACUUCGAACAUGGAGGUGGAGGAGUGGGAAGAAGGGAGCGGAGGAGGUGAAAGGCUAGAAGAGAUUAGCAGCGAGAAUUCGGGUCCCACGAGAUCCAGAUCAGAGGAUGAUUUUGAAGGAGAAGGCGAACACGAGGAUGCUGAUGCUGAUGGGGACAAGACCAAGAAGAAGAAGAGGAAGAAAUAUCACAGGCACACUGCUGAUCAGAUCAGAGAAAUGGAAGCGCUUUUCAAAGAGUCACCACAUCCUGAUGAAAAGCAGAGGCAACAACUAAGCAAGCAAUUAGGCCUUGCUCCGAGGCAAGUCAAGUUCUGGUUCCAAAAUCGUCGAACCCAAAUCAAGGCAAUACAAGAGCGUCAUGAAAAUUCUUUGUUGAAGUCAGAAAUAGAGAAACUAAAAGAGAAAAAUAAAUCCUUACGCGAGACAGUAAACAAAGCUUGUUGCCCCAACUGUGGCGUGCCAACCACAAGCAGAGAUGGUGCCAUGCCAACCGAAGAACAACAACUACGUAUUGAAAAUGCCAAACUCAAAGCGGAGGUAGAGAAGCUCCGAGCAGCUUUAGGGAAAUACGCACCUGGAUCAACGUCCCCUUCAUGUUCUUCUGGCCAUGACCAAGAGAAUAGAAGCUCUUUGGAUUUUUACACUGGAAUUUUCGGAAUUGACAAUUCAAGGAUAAUGGAUAUAGUGAACCAAGCAAUGGAGGAACUGAUCAAGAUGACUACCAUGGGGGAACCAUUAUGGCUUCGUAGCUUCGAGACUGGUCGCGAAAUACUUAACUAUGAUGAAUAUGUGAAGGAGUUUGCAGUUGAAAAUUCAAGCAGUGGAAAGCCAAAGAGAUCCAUUGAAGCCUCAAGAGACACUGGAGUUGUUUUUGUGGAUCUCCCACGGCUUGUCCAAAGUUUUCUAGAUGUGAAUCAAUGGAAAGAAAUGUUUCCAUGUUUGAUAUCUAAGGCGGCAACUGUUGAUGUUAUAUGCAAUGGAGAAGGUCCUAACAGGAAUGGUGCAGUGCAACUGAUGUUUGCUGAGCUGCAAAUGCUCACUCCAAUGGUGCCCACAAGAGAAGUCUAUUUUGUCCGUUUCUGCAAACAGUUGAGUGCUGAACAGUGGGCGAUCGUUGAUGUAUCCAUCGACAAAGUAGAAGACAACAUUGACGCGUCCCUCGUGAAAUGCAGAAAACGCCCUUCCGGUUGCAUUAUUGAGGACAAGUCCAAUGGCCAUUGCAAAGUAAUAUGGGUGGAGCACUUGGAAUGCCAGAAGAGUGCAGUCCAUUCCAUGUAUCGCACCAUUGUGAACAGUGGCCUUGCCUUUGGGGCAAAGCAUUGGAUUACGACUCUACAACUUCAGUGUGAACGUCUAGUUUUUUUCAUGGCAACUAAUGUUCCAAUGAAGGAUUCAACCGGUGUUGCCACAUUGGCUGGGAGAAAAAGCAUUUUGAAGUUGGCACAAAGAAUGACAUGGAGUUUCUGCCAUGCAAUUGGCGCGUCAAGCUUCCACACAUGGACUAAGGUUACUAGCAAAACCGGGGAAGACAUAAGGAUAAGUUCUAGAAAGAACUUGAACGAUCCUGGUGAACCUCUUGGGUUGAUAUUGUGCGCUGUUUGUUCUGUAUGGUUGCCAGUCUCACCAAAUGUUCUGUUUGAUUUCUUGAGGGAUGAAACACGCCGAAAUGAGUGGGAUAUCAUGUCAAGUGGUGGGACAGUGCAGUCCAUUGCAAAUUUAUCCAAAGGACAAGACCGAGGCAAUGCCGUAACCAUUCAAACAAUUAAAUUGAAAGAAAACAGUGUGUGGGUACUACAAGAUAGCUGCACGAAUUCUUAUGAGUCAAUGGUGGUGUAUGCUUCUGUGGACAUUACUGGUAUUCAGUCUGUGAUGACAGGAUGUGAUUCGAGCAAUCUUGCCAUACUUCCUUCGGGAUUCUCUAUUAUUCCUGAUGGCCUCGAGUCAAGGCCAUUGGUGAUUACUUCAAGGCAGGAAGAAAAAUACACCGAGGGAGGAUCUUUGUUUACAAUGGCAUUCCAGAUCCUGACUAAUGCAUCUCCCACAGCCAAGUUAACAGUGGAGUCUGUGGACUCGGUCAACACUCUUGUUUCUUGUACAUUGAGAAAUAUCAGAACAAGUUUACAAUGUGAAGAGGGUUAG